AUGGAGAGGAGGAUGAGUAGGGCUCGCAGCAGCGGCAGCAAGCGCGCGUCCGCGCCGCCCAAGGUGGUGGCGGUGCUGGCGGGCCUGCUGGAGCGCGCCGCCACGCGCGGCGACGCGGACGGGUCGGCUUCGGCGGCGGCGUUCCGGAGCCCCGGCGGGAGGAAGCCGGAGAUCGGCGUGCGGCGGUACGCGGAGCGGAUAUACCGGUACGCCGGGUGCAGCCCCGCGUGCUUCGUGGUCGCCUACGCCUACCUCGACCGCCUCGCCGCGCCGGCGGAUGGCGAGGAGGGGGAGGGCGUGGUGGCGGUGGACUCGUACAGCGUGCACCGCCUGCUCAUCACCAGCGUCAUGGUCGCCGCCAAGUUCAUGGACGACAUACACUACAACAAUGCCUACUUCGCACGGGUGGGCGGGGUGGAGGUGUCGGAGAUGAACGGGCUGGAGCUAGAGUUCCUCUUCGCGCUGCGCUUCCGCCUCAAUGUCACACCGGACGAGUUCGCCUCUUAUUGCGGCACGCUAGAGGGGCAGCUGACUACGACCACGACACCUCCGUUGUCGCCGACGCCCUCAUUGUCCCCAACGCAACCGUUAAUGAUCUCGCCGGAGGAAGAAGAGAGCCGGCGGCAAGAGCAGGGGAAGGUCGAUGUCGCGGUUGUGGCGGGCAUAACUACCUUCACGGUUGCUCGGUUAUCGGUGGCCGAGAUCACCCAAUAA